UUUUUUUUUACAUUUGUGGAGUAAUUUAUUUCUGUUAUUAAUAUGGAACCUCGCAUCACGCGGUUCGUUAAAAAAAAAAAGGAAAGGCGACCGAAGACAAGGACUCGUGCGAAGUGAAAAGUGCUCACCUCACUGCUCAACGGUCCAAUCCCACCGUUCCUUUGGGGGUUCACCGGCGGGCGGCGGCGACCUGCGUCGUGCGUCAGUAUGUGUCGCGGGCCUCUGCCUUGCUAUUCGCCACUCCGGUGAACUCCGCGCCCCUCCCGUCUCCUCCGGCCUCUUCCCGUAGCGCGCCGGCCGCCGCCCCCACUCCUCCGGAUCCGGAUGGCAUUGCAGCCAUUUACCGACGACCUCCUCGCCGAGAUCCUUCUCCGCCUCCCGUCGGCGGCCUCCCUCCAACGCGCCGCGCUAGCCUCCAAGUGCUGGCUCGCCGUCGCCUCCGGCCCCGACUUCCUCCGCCGAUUCCGCGCCCGCCACACCUCGUCGCCUCUCCUCGGCCUGUUCGUCUCCCACGGGAGCUCCGGCCUCCCCGUGUUCCACCCCGCCGCGACCGUCCGCUCCGACCCCGACCUCGGCGCCGCGGUACUCGGGGGCGACUUCUCGCUCAUCCGCGUCGGGGACGGCGAGGAUCCCCGCUGGCAACUCCGGGACUGCCGCAACGGCCGCCUGCUCCUCUGCGGAGGUAGAUCCGUCGCCGUCUACGACCCGGUGUCCCGCCGGCGCGUCUCCAUCCGCCGCCCACAGGACGACCCCUUCUCGGACGCCUACAUUGCCGACUGCUUGCUGCACGGGCGCGGCGACAACGGCGCGGCGUCGUUCCGCGUGGUGUCCGUGCAGCGCCAUGGCCGGAGGAUGCGCGCCGCGGAGUACAACUCCGGUACUCGAGAGUGGAGCUUCCACCCGUGGGUGGAAAACAUGAGGCGGCCUCGCCGGGGCCAGGCGAUGCAUGCGGCGGGGAUUAUCUUCUGGAAAUGCGAGGACAAUUUUGUGAUAUUGCUUGACACGCUCACGAUGGAAUUCUCCAUGCUCAGUCUCCCUGUAAGCUUGUUCCAGCCUUCCAAGUACGCCAUAGGGGAGAUGGAGGAUGGCGUGUGCUGCCUUGUAUGCCUUGAUGGCACCAUGGACAACGUCCACAUGCAAGUGUGGCUGCUCAUGGAGGAGGACGGUGGUGGCAGGAGGUGGGAAUUGGAGAAGGAAAUGCCGGUUAGUGAAGUGCUUGACAGGCAUUCCCUGGUGCGACAAGUCCGAACAGUGGCUAGUGGAUUGGUUCUUGUUUCCUGGGAUGACCGCUAUCCUCAAUUUGCCAUUGACCUGAAGAAUAUGAAGGUCAUGGCUGAGUUUAGGUGCAGCGGCGAGACUUAUCUUUUCCAAACGCCAUGGCCACCCGCUUUGUUGGUCGAUAGCGAGGUUCAACCAGCGGAUUUGGCUAUUCCUUUACAAUCUGCAGAAUAUGUGGAGCCGCUUCAGAUGAUCGCUACUCAGAACAUGAUGAAACAUGUUAAUCUUGCUGCAGAGAGAACUGAUGUUGUGAAUUCAGAGGGCCCAUUGGAUUUGGUAUUGGAACCACAUGGCCCACUGGACGCACAACAAGCUAUGGCUGCUGAAGCGGAGACCUUGGUGGUAACAGCAGACCUGAAAUUAGUCAGGUCUACUGAAGCACAAAACCAGUCAGUAGCUGAAAAACCUGAGAUCAUGAAGGGGCCUGAAGUCCCAGUUUCGAAAAGGAGCAUGUCACGUUUGGAAAAAAGAAGAGGGGAAAGAUAUGAGAGUGCUCUCCACAAGGCAAUGGAGAGGAAAGCUCGUUACAUGGGUGGUGUGGAACAGCUUAGUACUUCUCUUGGAAGAAACUACAGAAGAUCAGAGAAGCCAAUUGUUGUGGACUCUAGUUACGAGAGAUACUACCAGUGUCGUCAACGUCGAGAGAAGCCAAUUGUUGUGGACUCUCGUUACGGUAAAUACUACCAGCGUCGUCAACGACGACCAGCCGCAGGAGUUCAGGGAAGGUGAGGCAGGGCGCAGCUAAACAAGUUUGGAGGGAAGUAGGGUUGAAGGAGAUUUGUAUUCAGUGGUAGGAAGUUUAUUUGUAUUCAGAAAUUACUAACCAUUAACACCAUUCAUUCGCCUGAGCACUGGUAUAUGCUUUCGAUAACUCAUAACAGAUACAUUUUUGUAAUUCAUAUUUACUUGAAAUUUGUUUUUUUUAAACACAAA